AACAUCUUCUUUGUUUAUUUUUCUCUAAAGCGUUCGUGUAAGUGGGAGAGAUGGACGGAAAGGGUGGGAAGGGUUUAUUGGCCGGAAAAACACCGGCGGCAGCAGCAGCUAACAAGGACAAAGAUAAGAAGAGGCCGAUUUCCCGAUCUGCUAGAGUUAGCCUCCAGUUUCUAGUAGGGAGGAUUCAUCGCCAUUUGAAAACUAGAACUUCUUCAAAUGGACGUGUUGGAGCCACUGCUGCUGUUUACUCCGCUGCCAUUCUUGAGUACUUAACUACUGAGGUGCUUGAGUUAGCUGGAAAUGCUAGCAAAGAUUUGAAGGUGAAGAGGAUUACACCUCCCCACCUGCAACUGUCCAUAAGAACAACCAUUCACCUCAUCAUUACCAUUGGCUCAACUAACCAGACUGAGAGUCUCCUCAGAGAAAGAUCAUGUGAUUGA